AUGGCAUUCCGGCAACACAAUCCCAAUGUGAUCACUCCUCCCAACCCUUCUGUUUCUAACAAGAAGGAUGUGGGGGUGAUCGGUGAGAAGGAGCCGACUGUGCGAUCGGAAUUCAUCGACAAGGAAAACAUCCCUCCCUCUUUUUCUCCUCCUAUGCCUCCUAGCGUCCACGGUUUCCACGACGUCGAGAUGGAACGGCUCGUUCGAGGUGUUAAUCGCUUCGGAUUGAACCAUGGUAGCGAUAAUCCCAGUCGGGUCGAAGGAUCCAUCCUUGGGUUAGCUCCGGCCUAUCCUCCCGCCGUCGUACGACUAACCUCCCUCAAAAAAGCAAACUCGGCUGCGGAGUCGUCUGAGCCCUUGGCGCAGCAUCGCUUCAACCGUUCUCUCUGGAACCGAGCUGGCUCCAACACAACUCAGCAGGACAGUAUCAAAAAGCUUGAUGUGCUCGGUCGUGGUAUCCGUUCACCGAAGAGGAUUCCUUUCGGAAACGUACACCACGGCGGCUGUGACAGCGCACGCAAUGACGUCAAGAGCGCCGAAAUUCCUCCUCCACGAGCCGACUUUGCUAGCAUCGUCCGAUGCAACGCCCCCCAGAGUCCAAACACUUUGCAAGAUCAACACCAUCAACAUUUGCUCCUCAAAGAAGCCGCUCCCAAGGAUCCGUCGAUUCCCGCUGCUGUGGCGGAUGCCAUCAAAGCGAGUCGGGAAUGCCGUGGCACCACGAAAGUCGCUACGGUGGAAAAAGCGGAGCUUUAUCUUCGCCAUGCUAUCGCCGAAUACCAUGCUGGACGCAUCACGGAGGCUCCGAAUGGAUCGUGCUACAACAACAUUGUACAUGGCUACGCCGAUCUCAAGGAACCGGCAAAGGCCGAAGCCAUUUUGCAUCUCAUGUGGUCCGAUUUUCAACAAGGCAACGAGUUGGCAGAGCCCAAUGUCCGCAUCUAUACCAGUGUCUUGUAUGCCUGGGAAAAAUCGAAAAAGGAAAGUGCUCCAGAACGCUGUGAAGCCAUCCUUCAGCAAAUGCAUCGCCUCCACGAUUCGGGAAUUGCCAAAUUAUGCAAACCAGAUCUUUACGCGUAUACUGUGUGUCUUCAUACGUGGGCCGACUCAAAACGCCCUGACGCUCCGAAGCGAGCCGAGCAACUCUUUCGCAAGAUGAAAGACCGCUAUCAUAACGGUGACACAGAACUCCAACCAGACUCAGUGUGCUACGUCAAUCUCUUAAACGCUUACGCUAACUCCGCAAUUGAAUACGCCCAUACUGAGGACUUACUCUGGGAAAUGGUGGAUGACUUUAUUGCCGGUAAUGAAAGUGCCAAACCCAUUAUUCGCAACUUCAAUACCGUUUUAGCGGUGUGGUCUAAAUCUGGUUCAGCAGAGGCUCCGGAACGCUCCGAAGCGAUAAUCCGACGCUUGCAUGAGUUGAACAAAUGGGGAGCCUUGGACACCAAAUCUGACCAGUACACAUACUCGCUGCUUCUAAAGACUUGGACGACGUGUAAUCGUCACAAUUCUGCUCAGGAAGCCGAACAGGCUUUGUAUUGGAUGGAAAGCCUUCACAGUGAAGGUGACCAAGGGGCGCGUCUUGACGUCAUUAAAUACACAACAGUUAUCAGUGCUCUCGCACGUUCCGGCAAUCCAGGCAGCGCCGAGACUCUUCUAGAGAAGAUGCUCGAAGAUUAUCAAAAGGGAAAUUCGAAGGCCAAGCCCGAUGCGAAGUCAUUUAACAUGGUUCUCUCUGGAUGGUCUCGUUACCACAACGCAACGGUCGCCGCUGCUCGUGCCCAAGCUCUCCUGCAUCGUAUGUGGAACUACAGAGCGGUCCAUAUCGCCCCGGACACGUGGUCCUAUAAUACCGUUUUGUUCUGCUGGAAGAACGCGAACGGUCCUAAACAGGGGGAAUCGCUGCUACUCGACAUGGACCGCAUGGCAGCAAAGGGGUUUGCCAAAGCUCGUCCUAAUAGUACAAGCUUUCAGGCCGUCAUCGACUCUUGGAAGAAAUCGAACUUUCCCUUCAAGCACCAGCACAUUCAUCAGCUUCAGGAGGAGUCUCAGAAGCGCUUUGGUGAAAGUGCAAAGUCCAAAAACAUGGACUCCCGCAGCUUCAAAUGAGUAGCGCGGAUACAAUUGAGAAGAGCCGUCAAGGUUAUGUUGCUCAGAACCACACACCUUCCAACACCUAUCCGCUACGGGCUCGAAUAGCAUAGUUCUGCUUUCUGUAUCGCCCUAAAUCUCAACGUCCAAUCUCACUGGUAGUAAUAUCUGCAACCCUUAAAGACCGCGUGGUCAAUUUGUCCUCUGUAUGUUUUAACGGAAAUUGCAUUCGGUCUCAUUUGCGAGAGUAUAUUCGCGAACCCAAAGUUUCAAUGGCAAUCCGUACUAUACGCGUCUCUCGGCGACAGGAGGAAUAGCGAAGCGAGCUAGAAAAGUGUUUCGACAACAGAAGAAAUGUCGGAUUGUGCGGCUACAAGUAAGCUUUUGCGUUUCAUAGGUUGUCGUAAACAGCUUUGGGAAUAACAUAAACACUUGAUGCUUCGCAGAAAAUCGUCCCGGUUUCGGGACACUCCACAACCACCUUCCAGACCAGUUUUCGCCGCACUCGUUCCACGAGGUGACAUCGUAUAUAAAGAUGUGUAUGAGCGGGAACGAAUUUUCGGUAGUCGAUCGAUAAAUUGGCAGUAUACGCCAUUGGCACAUCCCCCAAGGCUUCGUAACCGGCACCUAAAACGUCGUCUAUAAGCAGCGCCAGGAUACCACCAUGCACAACCCCCGGGUGGCCGUUCACGUGCGAUCCAAUGAGGACCGAUGCCACCACAACGUUCUCACGGACAGUGUUGCCUUUUGGAGCAUCCAAUGCG